CGUAUCUCAUCUGUCCUUUAGCAUUCUAAAACCCCAGCAUCACCAUUACCACCCGCCGUCACCUCCGUCACCUCCGUCACAGCCACCGCCAUGCUCUCAUGAACGCCACGAAACAUUGGCCCAAGAGGGCCUUAUUCCUAUCACGUGUUUUGUCACGUGCGUUUUCCGACACCCCUUCCCCCACGUUCCCUCUAAAGCACGUGACGCGAUCCAACUUCGACUCGGCCCUCGUUGAACUCCGUUCGCAUGUUCGAGCAGCCAAUUUCGUGGCCAUCGACAUGGAAAUGACGGGCAUAACUAGCGCGCCAUGGCGGGAAUCCUUUGAAUUUGACCGGUUUGAUAUUCGGUAUCUUAAAGUCAAAGACUCAGCUGAGAAGUUCGCUGUUCUUCAGUUCGGCGUUUGCCCUUUUCGUUGGGAUUCGCUUAAGCAAUCGUUUAUUGCCCACCCGCACAAUUUCUUUGUAUUUCCUCGCCAAGAAAUUCCACUUGAUAGCACCUCUUAUGAAUUCCUUUGCCAGACAACAUCUAUGGAUUUUUUGGCUAAAUAUCAGUUUGAUUUCAACGCUUGCAUAAAUGAAGGUGUAUCGUACUUAUCCAGAGGACAAGAAGAUGAGGCUCGAAAAAGAUUAAAAUCACUUAAUAAAGAUCAGUUAACAAAUCUGUCGAGUGAUUUAAGAGAAACUACGGACUUACCACUGGUCCGAGUGGCAGAUGUUCUCUUCACCGAAAGAAUGAAGAAAAGAUUGAGUGAAUGGCGUGAUGAGUUGUUACAGAAUAGGGUAGGAAGGCCUCAGGAUCAAGGGGGGCAAAAUGACUUAAAUCAACAGUUUCAAACAGUUUUCUUCAAAAUGCGUCCUGCUCUGGAUUUGAAUGGAUUCACUUCUCAUCAACUUAGCCUGAUACGAAUGGUCACAAGGAAGCAUUUUAAAGAUCUUGCUUAUGUUCAUCGUAAUGGUGAAAGUACUUCAGAAAAGUUUGUGGUUUAUACAGACUCGGAGAGUGAUAGGGACAGACUUGUGGAGGAGGUGAAGAAUGAUUACCAAAGAAGGGAAGAAAUGAAGAUCAAUGAUGCAGUAGGAUUUCGUCAUGUGAUUGAUCUCCUUUCCUCAGAAAAUAAGUUGAUUGUCGGUCACAAUUGCAUCCUGGAUAUUGCUCACAUUCACAGCAAAUUCCUAGGUCCUCUUCCUUUAACAGCUGAAGAAUUUGUUUCCUGUGUUAACAAGUACUUCCCAAGUAUCAUUGACACCAAAAUACUACUGAAUGCUGACUACACGUUACAACGAAAGAUGAAGAAGUCUAGCACUUCAUUAUCCUCAGCUUUUUCGUUAUUAUGCCCUGAGAUUGCUUAUGGGUCUAAGCAAAUUGCUUCUGGGUCUAAGCAAAGCUUUCCGUCUAAUGAGACAUGUGUUAAGGUCGAGGUCCAUGUGGGUGAAAUGAGGUCUUCUAAUUGGAACUCUGGAGCCAAGCAUGAAGCUGGCUAUGAUGCCUUUAUGACAGGCUGUGUGUUUGCCCAGGCUUGCAGUCAUCUAGGCAUCAACUUUCAACUUCAUUCGACUUCUGAAAAUCUGACUCAGAAUGAAAAGUUGCAGAAGCACAUGAACCUUUUAUAUCUGAGUUGGAUUAACGGAGACAUUAUUGAUCUGACUGGUAACCGGUCUGAGGAGAUGUUGGGCUCGUAUAUAAUCAGAAAGCGAUUUCGACCAAUUUUAUUUAAGAACGUUGUUUUACUCUGGGGAUUCCCUUCGCGACUGAAACCAAGCAUGAUAAGAGAUUGCAUCUGCAAAACUGUUGGCCCUACCUCAGUUAUUUCUAUAUACUGUAUAGAUCAAACUGCAGUUCUUGUUCAGUUCAGCAAGGCGGAGUUCGCCUCAGACUUUCUGAAUUGGAAGAAAACUCUAGAGCAAAGUAACGAUGCAAUUUCCGUUUUGCAUCCGCUUUCACAACUUCUGGAAGGUGGAAAUACUCAUGCUGCUAGUUAUGAAACUUAUAAAGAGAUAUGUGCAUCACCUAUAUCGAAAGUGUUGUUUGCAGAUCAAGCAGAGGCUGUUGGUAUCAAAUGGAAGACCAAAUUGCUACCAUCCGGCGAAGAGGAGAGCCAAGAGAAUAAUAGUUUCCAUCUUGAAAGUAGUGCAGUGGAUACACCAGAGGCUUUUGCAAAAUCUAAGAUAAGAAAGAAAGAUGAUGUAUUAAAUGAUAUCGUUGAUUCAUUUAUUAAAGCCGAAAAGAUUAGAAGAAUCACUAAUCUGUAACUCAGGCUUUAAGGCAGUUUUGAGCUUUUUUUCCACCCUAACUUCAUUGUAUUAUGUGUAUGACAUUGAAAGCUUUAUUCAAAUAUUCAGAUUACU